UCCUAUUGGUUAACAUGUACUACUACUACUACUACUACUACUACUACUACUACUACUACUACUACUACUACUACUACUACUACUACUACUACUACGACUACGACUACGACUACUACUACUAAUGAUAAUAAUACUAAUCAUAUAAGAUAUAAUGAAUUAACCAGAGUCGGAGAUAUUGAAUCAUUACAAAAUAAUAAUUAUGUCAUAAAGCAUACAUCUAUAUCCAUAAAUAACAAAUUAUCAUUAUUAUUAUUAUUACUGUUUGAAGAAUAG